CGCGCGAUGCGGUUGUUAAUUGUCACGAGCACAGACGAAGGUGUGGUAGCGUUAUCCCGUGUCCAGACGCUAACUGCACCAUGUGUUCUGACUGGCAAGAGAAUCGAUUGUUUAAUAUGUCUCUUAUACCCUCCCCAGUUUGAACGCUGCGAUCAACACGUGAAGCGAGAUAGGUUAACUUUUUGGACGCUGCGGUCGGAAUAUAUCGCGUGGUAAAACUGAUUCAGAUCUAUGUGAACGCUGGCUUGUGUAGAUAGAGGAUGUGGAUUUGCGAUGAAGCAACUGUACUUUAACGUGGAGGAAUGAAAAGUUGGAAUGUUACAGGGACGAACGUGAUUCUGACCAGGAAUGAUAGUUCUCUAGAGUGAGCGGUCGGACCUGGAAAGGAAUACGUCCAAGAUGGCAGGAGGCGUGGUCUUAGCUCACCUGGUCAUGGGUUUCAUCGUGCAUGGAGCGUCAGCAGACAUACUCAAUAUAGGUGUGCUGCCAUCAUGGCGGGAAGUGGUGGCCAACUCAUCUCGCGGUGUUACCAACGUCAUCAACUACAACAUCACCAAUCUGAGGUUUUACGACAUCUACGGCAAAGAGGAUCAGAGCACCUACACACGGAUGGUAGACGUUCAUCGAAAAAUACAACACUUGUCCAUCGACGCCAUUAUCGGCCCCUAUGACAACGGCGUUGCCUUGGCAGCCGAGGAACGGAAGAUUCCUUACCUUGCCACGUCUCCUGUAACCAAGGAUACGCUGAAAUACACCGUCCAGCUCAUACCGGAACUAGAGGACUUCUGUCAGGCCUUGCUAGAAUUUGCACAAAAACAGAGCUGGAAAAAAAUAAGUGUCUUCUAUGAUGAUGAUAAAGGUUUGGCGGUUCUGGAACGACUGAUGACAAACCACUCUCUGUCUGUCAAGGCAUGGCGCCUCCCAGACCAGGGAAAGCGGAAUAAAACUCGUGACACACACCUUAUCAUGAGGAAUAAAGCAAGAGAGGCACUUGUACAGAUGCGGAAAGUCCUGGUAGAACACUCCAUAGUCAUAUGCGGGAAACUCUACACAGAGUUUCUGCUCGGAGAGGCACGCAACCUUGCCAUGCUGUCAACGCCUCCGUAUGAAUGGGGCUUCUACGACCCGGGCGACGCUCUCGGCAGCCUGUUCGAGCCUUAUCGGGACAUCGCCGUCAACUUUACUGUGUUCUCCUUGGUGCCUUAUAACUCCACCAUCAACGACAUCACCCACCUCAACAGCAACAGCCACAACAACAAGAGGAAGCUGGAGUACGCCCUCGCCCAUGACGCCGUUCAGCUGCUUAUAGCGUCCAGCAUCCAGACAAAGGACACUCUCCUGCAGAACAUCAAGAGUAACCAAGAGUUUGGUUUGACUGGUAACCUACAGUUAGACGCUCAGGGCAAGAGGUCUAACUUCUCCGUCCAUCUUACUGGCUACACGGGCAAUGAGAGCUACCCGGUGAGUGGUAUUUACAGUUAUCCGCACGGGGAAUGGAUGAAGCGCUCAUCCCACAGUUACCUUCUCCUCAACACGUCUCAAGCUCCCCCAAAGCGAAGACGUAUUUUCCCUCUUAAAGGUCGAACGGUCAAGGUCGUCAUGAUUCUUGAGCAGCCCUUCACGAUGUUUAAGAGGGACUAUCUCAUGAGACGCGGCAACGAUCGCUUUGAGGGUUUUGCCGUCGACCUGCUCGCGCGUGUGGCUGAGGCGAAGAGUUUCAACUUUGAGAUCUACCUUGUUCCUGAUGGGAACUUUGGCACCAAGAAAGAUGGGGAGUGGAAUGGCAUCAUAAAAGAGUUGCUGGAUGGGGAAGCGACGAUGUCGGUGGCGCCCCUCAGCAUCAAUUCCGGUCGCGAGGAGGCCGUUGACUUCACCAAGCCAUUCAUGACGCGGUACAUCACUGUCAUCCUCAAGAUCCCCCAGAGAAAGGUGUCCUACUUCGAGUUCCUCAACCCCUUGUCCCUCACCGUCUGGGGCUGUACCCUCGCCGCCUUUGUCGUUGUCAGCUUCGUCCUGUACAUGUUGGAGAGAAUCGGCUCCACCAAACAGAGAACCAAUCCCCAGAUCUCUGUCAGGGAGAGUUUCUGGUUCAUAUUCGGCUCCCUGCUCCAAGGUAACACCGACGCCUGUCCGAUCACAAUCCCAGGACGUAUCCUGACCAGCUCGUGGUGGUUCUUCGCCCUCAUCCUGAUCUCUUCCUACACCGCCAACCUUGCAGCUUUCCUCACGGUCAAGAAGAUCAACACACCAAUCAAAUCUGUCACAGACUUGGCCCAACAGACCAAGAUCAAGUACGGAACGGUCAAGAACAGUGGCGUCAUGUCCUUCUUUGCGAACACAAACAUUGAACAUUUUUCCAAGAUGUGGGCCCAGAUGUCGGAGAUUGAACCCGACUCCAUGGUGGACAAUACAACCGAAGGGUAUGGCAAGGUGACGGAUGGGAACUAUGCCUUCUUCUGGGACACUACAGUCAACAAGUAUAAGACAACCACAGACUGCGAUGUCAUGGAGAUAGGACCGCCGUUUGACCCGAAGGGUUUUGGGAUUGGGGUUCCACCAGGGGCGACUUAUCUGGACGAACUCUCCAUGACUAUACUGAAGCUCAGCGAUAGUGGCAUACUGCAUGAAUUGGAGAAUAAGUGGUGGGGAAGCAGGAGCUGUCCGGACCCCGCCAAGUCGUCGUCGGAUGAGACGUCAGAGCUCCAGAUAGAGAACGUCGCUGGCGUCUUCUUCAUCCUGGUCGGCGGUAUUGUGAUCGCAGGGUUGGCCUGUCUCGCGGAGUACUCCGCCAACCUGCUGCUCAAAGCCAACAAGACCAACAGGAAGGAUAAACCCGAUUUCACAACAAACAACAAAGAAAAGUCCAGUUUUCUAUGAGCGAACACGGCACUGACAGUCAUACAUACCACACACUUCGCAAGAACACCCUCCUGAUUGGCCGGAGAGACAUCGCCAAGGUCUGCUGGUCCUCUUGGUGACUUCCGCUUACACCGGAAGUCCAAACUGAUGUCUGAACUGAAAGGAUUCCAAUUUCGGUUUUCAUUCACUGUUUGACGCCAGGUUCCCGAUUCCGAACUACAUAUGCGGAAAUGCAAUUUGUUUCCUGUUGUCAUUAUAACUUUCCGGAAUGAGUGCUGAUUAAUACUGAUUCCAACCAGCUUAAUCCUCUACCUUAUUCCGGAAUACUAAGUUUGUUUUACUAUUCCGUUGUCUGGAUAGCAUUAACUUAUAUUCCUGAUUCGGAUUGUGUGGGUGUGGAUGUGCCUUCCGACAACCAUGUGACGUUCAACAAACUAACGAGUGGUUAUGCUUCAUCGUGUCGUGCACAGGUCUCCUGCAGGAUGAUAGCGUUGAGUGUUAAAAACCGAUAUUCAUGUGCGGUGUAUGAUAAUUAUAUAUAAAAAACUAUCUAAGUUAGUAUUAUCAGUAAGUAUGAUAUGCAGAUUUCAUACAUGUUCAUUACUUCAUUGUUGGUGGCUUUGAUGGUUUGACGCAUUAAAAAAUUCAUUCAUACUGACCAGAAAUAUAUAUCAUAUAUGUCAUUGUAACUUAUUGUGUAUAUUUCGCACUGUGUCCAUCAGUUGUAGCGUGCCGGACAAAAGAAAGUACACACCCUUGUUUAAUAGUGGGUAAAAUGAAACAUGCAAAGAAUGGUUACUAAUCGAUGGUGAUGUAUUUCAUACGGGUUUCCUAAUUGUGUUUUGGACCUUAACUUUCCAGUGUUUCGGCUACUGCAUUCAGCCUAGUAACGUUUUGAUAAGGUUUGUAAUUUUUUUGUCAGAUCUAAUUUUCAAGUGUCUUCCCGACAGUUUAGUAACACACAGAUGCUGAUCACAUAGCAUUUUCGUGAAACAUUGUCGCAGAUGACUUGUCUUACCUGUGUAUUGAUUUUAUGGAAGCGAACUUCAUACCAAAGCACGUACCAUGAUGUGUGAAGCACAACUUAUUCUACCCAAAAGAAGUUAAGGACCAGCCGAUUCUUUCAUAUAAUAUUACUAUAGUAAAUCUGUCAUGCAACAACUUCUUUAAGGAGUAUAGAUGUACAGUAUUGUCCUCUUCUUCCCUAAUCAGGGGGCACGGGUGGCCCAGUCGUCUAAGGCGCCGCGAUUCGCUGUGCAGAGUUGCGUCCCUUGGACACGCCAGAAACCUAUGAUUGUUGGUUCGAAUCCAGGUUCGCCCCGGUUAUG